CCGGGAGCCUGGCAGGCGCAUGCGCAGACUUGACAACUCGCCGAAGUGUGCGUUGCGGUGCUGGAGAUCCUUGAGUCCUGAUACCGGUGGUCCUCUUGUGUGUGCCUUGCCUUAGUACAGACAGUCACGUUUUGGUGGAGGUCUGUGAAGAUGCUGCCUUUGGAGAAGGUGUUGGCCUCCCCGAGGAGCUCCCCACUGCCCCCAGAAACGCCCACACUGGGGUCAGACGACACAGUCCAGCAGGCAGAGCGCAGCCCAUGGGAAGAGCCCAACCUGCAGGAAGAGUUCAUCCAGCAGGAGGAGUGUGUCCUGGAGGAAGAGCCAGUCCAGCGUGAGGAGCCGUUCCAGCAUGAGGAACCGGUCCAGCAUGAAGAGCCCAUCCAGCAUGAGGAGCCAGUCCAGCGUGAGGAGCCGGCCCAGCGUGAGGAGCCCGUCCAGUGUGGGGAGCCGGCCCAGCGUGAGGAGCCGGCCCAGCGUGAGGAGCCCGUCCAGCGUGAGGAGCCCGUCCAGCGUGAGGAGCCCGUCCAGCGUGGGGAGCCGGCCCAGCGUGAGGAGCCGGCCCAGUGUGAGGAGCCCGUCCAGCGUGAGGAGCCGGCCCAGUGUGAGGAGCCGGCCCAGCAUGUGGAGCCUGUCCAGUGUGAGGAGCUAGUCCAGCAGGAGGAGUAUCUGCUGGGGAAAGAGCCCAACCUGCAGGAAGAGGAUGACUUGCAGGAGGAGGAUGACCUGCAGGAGGAGGCCUAUCUGCAGGAGGAAGUUGAACUGGAGGACGAAGAUGAUCUGCAAGAGUCUAGCCGUCAGAAGGGAUCUGAGAGGACCCCUGCUGACCUUGAGUUCUCCCGUCUGCGCUUCCGAGAGUUUGUCUACCAGGAGACUGCUGGGCCUCACCAGACUCUGGCCCGGCUGCACGAUCUGUGCCGCCAGUGGCUGCGUCCCGAUGCCUGCUCCAAGGAGGAGAUCUUGGAGCUACUGGUGCUGGAGCAGUUCCUGGGCAUCUUGCCGGACAGGGUCCGCCCCUGGGUGGUAUCCCAGUACCCGGAGAAUUGCACGAAGGCUGCCUCUCUGGUGGAGGGUAUCUCUGAUGUUUUGGAGGAACCAGGGAUACGGCUGUGCUCUCCGGGCGGGUCGACUUCUUCCUUCAGUGAGGGGGACUAUGAGAGGCACUCUGACCCUCUGCUACUACCAAGAGGGCUGCUGAGCCCCAGCGGAGACCCAGAUACUGAUCUGCCAUCACUUCUCCCUGCCUGGCCAGCUCUGGAAUCCAUGCAUCUGGAUCAGGAGAAUUUGGGGAGAGAAAAAUCUGAAGAGUCUGACAUUGAUGCAACUGAGCCAAAGACAGAGUCGCUCCCGGAUGAGACUCUGGCCUUGGGAGAAUGGAACCAAAUAGACCCCACAGAGGAGAACCUGAAGAGCUACGAGAAGCUGCUCCUGAGUGGGUAUGAGCUUUCUCAGCCGUGCACCGCCUUUGUGCUGGAGGCAGAGGACCUGGAAGAACUACCGGGAGGCAGACUCCAAGAUGGUGGCAGGAUACAAGAGAGCAGAGAGAAUGCGUGCGAAGAUGUCUGCAUGUAUAGGAUGCUCAUGGAGAGGCUGACGAGGGGUGCUCCUGCAAACCCUCUACUGGACGCCCGCCAGGGCGCUCAGAACGGAGAGUCGAGCUCUGCAAACCGUUCCCAGCGGCAGUCAGUCAUCCGGCAGCCAGCCCGGCCCGGCGCCCUACAGCAAGCCACUGGAAGGAAGAGGCCCCAUCCCAACGAUGAAGAUGAGCUGGGCCCGAAGUAUCCCUCCAGUAGGAGCAGCCAGCAGCCAUACACAGGGAAGGUGCCUGGCUAUGCUGCCAUGUCCUCAGCUUGGCUGGACCCAGGCCCCUCUACUUCCAGCUAUUGUGUGGUUGAUGAGCCAGGAGUGUGCACAGGGGAGCCCUACACCUGCAGUGAGUGUGGGGACACCUUUGCGUGGAUCUCACAGCUCAUAGAGCAUCACAGGAGCCAUAGCAGCAAGAAGCGCUUUGCAUGCUAGGGCUGUCAGGAAACCACCUCUCCGUCCCGGCCCUGGUUUAGCACUAGAAGACCCAAGACAAGGAGAAUGGCUCCGUCUGGAGUCCCCUCCCUGCCACAGUGGCACCCGCACUGGCGGGAGGAUCUCCUUACCCAGAACACCACACAUGCAGGAGCCACCUGCUCCGAGAGUCCCAGGAGGUGAGUUUUGGCCUUGUACACACCCUGGGCUAAUGUUCACAUCUGGGUAAGCCAUCAGAUGUGAAGGAAUACUUCCGCAACGUUUGUACCGCCAUCCAUAGGCUGGAUCAUUUGACAUUGUGCAGUGUAGAGUUGCCUUACAGUGUGUGAUCUGUUGGCGCUUUCUUGAAGUCAUUCUUGCCUCAACUGCUCACCAAGCUCCCCAACUUUGUUCAAGCAGAAUUCUUGCCAUCUGUUUUGGCCGUUUCACAAAUAUGUGAUGUCGAGUUUACUUCUGAACCCUCAAAAACAAGCAAUGUUUUAGUUUAAAUAAAAGGGCGCUUGCAGCCUAGUGAUGCAGUGUGGGGCCUUUAGAGUGUGAUUUCCAGCCCAUUAGUGAAUUGUGGGUGGUCCCUGGCAUUGCAGAGCAAUGAAGUAGAAUAAAGUAGGUCAGAAUGCAUCAUGUAGUAAAGGCAAGUAUUGUUGUGUGAAACUUUUCAGCUAUGUAUCUAAAUAGGAGAGCUGGCAACCAUGUAAACUGUAUUUCUUACUAGGGGGUUAUGGUUAAAACUGGUUAAAAACUGAUGCUCCAACUGAGCAAAGAACCAAACUUGGUCUACAAAGGCGAUCUUUUGAUUUUGUGUUUCAUUGCAGUAUUUUCUGUUGCCUGAGCAUCAGUUUAAUUGCCUCCUACAGAUACAGAAACUGGUGCCUCUUCUGUCAGUGUUUAGGCAAUCUGUAACAACCCUGUCUGAUAUGCUUAAUAAAGUAUUUAUUUCUUCACUCA